UUCGUUUGGUUAGACAGUGUAUUUUGUUUCGUGACUACAAGUCGUUACUUUAUACUUUCUGGUUAUCGUGAUCCAUGACCACGACUUCUAUAGUCUGAUUCCAUUCUAACAUAUUUUGGAUAUUGUUCGAUACACUUAAGCUUUGUACAUUGAUGAAAAACAUCAUGUUUUACGUUGUAGUUCUCUUAAUGUUGUGCCUACAACUUGCAUCGAGUAAACCAUACAAUAAAUCUGAAAGCAGUGAAUUAGUAUUUGCACAUGUUAUUUUUCGUCAUGGCCAGCGUAAUCCACUGAUUACUUAUCCAAAUGAUCCGUGGAAGGAUGAAGAACAAUUUUGGAAAGAAGGUUAUGGACAACUUAUCAACGCUGGAAAACAGCAACAUUAUGAGUUAGGAAAGUACUUGCGUAAGAGAUAUAUGGCACUUCUUGAAAAUGGAUCAUAUUCACCAAAAAUCGUGUACAUUCAAAGCACUGAUGUUGAUCGAACUUUGAUGAGCGCUGCAUCGAAUUUGGCAGGCUUUUUUCCUCCCAAAGGAGAUCAAAUUUGGAAAGAUGAUCUCUUAUGGCAACCCAUUCCCAUCCAUACCAUUCCCACAAGUUUGGAUUAUGUUUUAAAUGCCGAAGCACCUUGUCCGCGAUACGAACAAGCUUUGAAAAGAUACGAACAGACGCCGGAAUAUCAAAAUAUUUUCAUAAAAUAUAAAUGGUUGUUUGAAUAUUUAGAGAAUAAUACGGGAAUGCCAAUUAGCACACUAAUCGAUGUUCAAUAUUUGAACGAUGCUCUUUGGAUCCAGAAUAUAACGAACAAAGCAUUGCCAGAAUGGACGAAGAAAGUUUUCAUUCCGGGUGGUGACAUGGAAAAGUUGUCUAACAUUUGCUAUACAACCAAUACAAGUACACCGGAAUUGGCUCGUUUAAAAGCCGGAUUUUUAUUCCGUGAAAUUUUGGAUCGUUUUGACGACAAAAUUGAAUCGAAUUUGGACCCUAACCGAAAUCUCUGGUUGUAUUCCGCACAUGAUUCAACAAUCGCUAGCUUUUUGAACAGCAUUGGGUUGUUUGAGUUGCACACUCCACCGUAUGCAGCCAGUCUUAUGAUCGAGUUAUACAAGGAAAACGAUGCAUUUUACUUUCAAAUAUUCUACCGAAAAUCAAACGAUGAUAUUUUAUCACCGCUACAUAUUCCGAAAUGUGGCCAAAAAUGCUCGAUUAGAAAAUUUCGCGACGCAUACAAAGAAAUCAUUCCAACCGAUAGUUAUGAAAAAGAAUGCGGACUAUGAUACACAGCAAUGAAAUCCCUACCUAAGAGCUAGAUGGUGGCGAUAGUGGUGAUUGGAUUUUUUAAUUUAUUUGAACGACGCCAUGUUACUAUUCUUGUCCAUUUUAACGUACAUGUUACAGAAGAUACACACAGUCCUAGUGGACAGUAAUCAUUUGAAGAAUAUUUGCAACCGUCAAUGUGAACUAGAUCGAAUUUGCAAACAUACGAUGAAAAUGACUUACAAAGUGUGUUUCAAAAUCUAGUUCAAAAUACUAUCACUGAUGUCGACACCAUUCUUACUCAAAAUUUUGACAUCAAAAACAUUUUUUGUUGUCGUUUCGUUGCUGCGUUGUGAUUUAAAAUUUUGUAUUGCAAUAAAUAUUUAUAUU